AUGAAGAAAGUCAUGGAAGAAAUGAAAGAGAACAUGAGAAGGGCGAAUCCUAUAGAAGAUUUGGUCCACAUAACUGAUUCCCCCUUUACGGCUUCCAUUAACGGUCACCCUCUACCAUCAAAGUUCAAGUUGCCUUCUCUGGAUUCGUAUGAUGGAACGUGUGACUUGUUUGAUCACAUUGCUACUUUCAAGACAACAAUGCACCUUCAAGUGGUCCUUGAUAAAAUUAUGUGUAGAGCCUUCCUUACCACCCUUAAAGGUCCGGCACGAGUUUGGUUCAGCAAAAUACCCCCAAAUUCGGUAAGUUCUUUCAAAGAGUUGAGCAAGUUGUUUGUUUUCAUUGGGGGACAAAGACACAAGCGUUCCUUGUCCAGCUUGUUAACCAUAGAACAAGGAGAGAAUGAGAGCCUGCGAUCAUUCAUCACUCGUUUUAACAGAGAAGCCCUAAGCAUGGACGAGGUAGAUGACAAGCUUUUAUUGGCAGCCUUCCAUAAUGGGGUGAAUUUGGACUUAUUCAUACAUAAACUCUAUGAAAAAGAGCCUCAGUCCAUGGCCGAACUCGUCCAUUCAGCCCAAAAUUUUAUGAAUGCAGAAGACGCGAUCAUUGCUAAGAAGAGGAAGAGAUCUGAGAGAAUAGAAGCAAACCCCAAUCGUCAUUCCGAGCAAGGCUCUCAUCCAAAGAAGGGACGGGCGGAAGAAAGGAAAGAUCGAGAUAAUAAGAAGCCUGGCUCUUCAACACGGAAUCAACAAUAUACCCCUUUGAACAUGCCAUUUGAGCAGGAUCAUGGGUAUGAUACAGAUGAGUGUUUUGAUUUAAAGCAGCAGAUUGAGAAUCUCAUAAGGCAAGGGAAGUUGAGGAAUUUCCUUGGACGAGACCACAAGGACGAGAAAUUGAAAGGGAAGAUAGAAGAAUCAUCGCGACCAUUGCUCAGAGAAAUAAGAGUAAUCAUAAGGGGAAGUUCGACAGGCCAGUCGUCUAAGUCCAAGAAAGCAUACUUGAAGGUAAUGCAAGGCAUCCAACUUUCUGGACAAUCACCAAGGGCAAGGUCCACAGACGAGCAAGCGAUCACUUUCACAGACGAAGACGCUAAGAGAAUUCAUCACCCUUACGAUGAUGCUAUCGUCAUCACCUUGCUUAUUGCUGACUACACAACCAGAAGAGUGCUAGUGGACAACGGAAGCUCGGCAAACAUUUUAUAUUAUCUAGCUUUUCAGCAGAUGAGAUUAGGAUAA